UCUAUCUAUCUGCCAUCUGUCUUUCUGUCUGUGUGCUGUGACAUUGACUGCCACUUUCAUUGGAAUCAUGGGUUUUGUAAAGGAGUUGCAGAAAAAGAAGAUAAUUAUAGGUGCCUUGGCUGUAUCGAUUGUGACCCUAAUCCUCGGUCUUGGACUUGGUCUCGGAUUGGACUUGCAGAAAUGUCGAAACAAAGUCGUCCCCCACACGUCCUGCAGGACUCGAUGCUACGAGCCCUAUGACGACCAGACCCCCGGCUGCAGAUGUGACCAGAGCUGUAACGCCAGCAACAGCUGCUGCUAUGACUACCAUGACAUCUGCACCGUCCCCACUGAGCAGUGGGAGUGCACGAAGCUGCGCUGCGGGGAGAAGAGGCUAACGCAGAGCAGAUGUCACUGCUCCGAUGACUGUCUGUCUGCAGGAGACUGCUGCACAAACUACAAACAUGUCUGCCACGGAGAGAAAGAGUGGGUGGAGGACAAGUGUGAGGACCUUUCAACCCCCACAUGUCCAGCAGGCUUUACGCAGCAGCCUCUGCUCCUCGUCUCUCUGGAUGGACUGCGGGCUGAGUACCUGCAGACAUGGAGCACUCUCAUCCCUGUUCUGGACAAACUCAAGGAGUGUGGAACCUCGGCACCGUACAUGCAGGCAGCCUUUCCCAGCAAGACCUUCCCCAAUCACUACACCAUUGUUACGGGUCUCUAUCCAGAGUCCAACGGUUUGAUUGACAACACUAUGUACGACCCCGUGUUUGACGCCACCUUCAGUCUGUCCAGUCCUGAGAAAGACAACCCUGACUGGUACCUCGGACAGCCUAUUUGGCACACAGCGAAGCAACAGGGGCUGAAGUCUGGGACUUUCUUUUGGCCAGGAUCAGACGUCAAAAUCAACGGAAGCUUUCCCAACAUCUACCAACCUUACAACGGUAAAGUGCCUUUUGAAGAACGAGUAUUCACAGUGCUGAAGUGGCUACAGUUGCCAGACGGUGAAAGACCAGAUUUCUACACUUUGUAUCUGGAGGAACCUGAUAAAUCUGGACACAGCUACGGACCUGUGAGUGGAGGGCUCAUUGAAGCAAUCCAAGGUGUGGAUAAGAUCAUUGGUCAGCUUAUGAACGGCCUCAAGCAGAUUGGCCUCCACCGCUGCGUCAACAUCAUCAUCGUGGCAGAUCACGGUAUGGAGGACACGAGCUGCGACAGGAAGGAAGUGCUGCAGGAGCUGGUUGGAGACAUCCAGAACUACUGGGUCACAGAGGGAGCAUUCGGACGCAUCAGAGCCAAAAACAAAGACACCGUGCUGGACUCAGCUGGACUUGUUGCUAACAUGACUUGUAAGAAGCCAGAUCAAAAGAUCAAGCCGUACCUGAAGGCCAACCUGCCAAAGCGCCUCCACUUUGCCAACAGCCGCCGCAUCGAAGAUGUCAACGUCCUGGUGGACCCUAAAUGGCUGUUUGAGAGAUAUCCAGGUUCUGUCACAUUCUGCUCUGGCGGGGCUCACGGCUAUGACAACGAUGCUGAGAGCAUGCACGCCAUGUUUGUCAGUUAUGGACCAAAGUUUCACUACAAAACUGAAAUCGAACCCUUUUCCAACAUCGAGCUUUACAAUCUCAUGUGUGACGUGAUGCAGAUCUCUCCCACUAACAACAACGGGACCCACGGCAGUAUGAACCAUGUCCUGAGGCGGCCCUACUACACGCCAGCGCCCCCUGCAGAGCAGAGCGAUCCGGCUCAGUGUCCGAUGAUCAGCCUUGACCCUGCAGACAACCUGGGAUGCUUCUGUCCUACCCUGAUUGGAAACGCUAUCAACAUGCGUCUGAAUCUGACAGCAGAAGAAGAGUCCGCGGCAGAGAAGAAGCACAUGCUGUUUGGCCGUCCCCGGAUGCUGCAGCGUGACCAGACUUACUGCAUCCUCCGCCAGGAGGGAUUCAUCCUCGCCUACGGCCACAAAGCGCUGAUGCCUCUGUGGAGCUCCUUCACCAUGGACAAGCCAAUGAACCUGGACCCGUUGCCGCCAGUGAUGCCGAACUGUUUGAGGGCUGAUGUCAGACUCCCAGCGUCCCAGAGUCCCAGAUGUAACCAGUACAACACUGCUGGGAACCUGACGCACGCCUUCCUGUACUCUCCCAAUCUGAAUGCGACAGCGGACCAGCAGUACGAUGCUCUAAUAAUGAGUAACGUGGUGCCAAUGUACCCCGAGUUCAAGAAGAUCUGGGACUAUUUUUACAGCACGUUAUUAAAGAAAUAUGCCUCUAUUUACAACGGCAUUAACGUGGUGACGGGCCCUGCCUUCGAUUACAACCACGACGGCCAAUACGACACUCCAGAGCAGAUCCAGCAGUUUGUGCCCGGAACGAACAUCCCGAUCCCCACGCAUUACUUUGCUGUGUUAACCAGCUGCGGGGACUCGGCCCUGCCGGUGAACACCUGUGCCGGCGGGCUGCAGACCGUGUCCUUCCUGCUGCCUCACAGACAAGACAACUCGGAAAGCUGCAAAAGUUCACAAGCCGAAUCUCAUUGGGUCGAGGAUCUUGUGUGGUUCCACCAAUCACGAGUCCGCGACGUCGAGUGGAUCACAGGGUUGGAUUUUUACCAGGGCAGCAGUCGACCAAUCCCAGAGCUGCUGAGGAUGAAGACCCGCCCCACAGCUGCCAUUCACAGAAAACAAUGAAAGAGCUCUUUUCCACAAGAAAUUGUCAAGAUGAAUAGUCCAUAUCUGUAAAAGUGUUGAGUCAGUAGUCUCAAAUUGUGUUAUCACUUUGCCACCACUCUACUGGAGGUAUCUAUUUUCCAACAUAGAGACAUUGUUAAUUUGCUUUUCAAUUCUUAAACAGUUUGUAAUAUUAUUUCUUCUUAUUAUAUUCCUAUUGUCAUGAUUUGUAUCCUGUAUUUAAGGGGUUAAUUCAUGCAUAACCCAAAUGGACAGAAUGGGUAUUUAAGCAGAAAACUGUUUACAAAUCUUUGUUGACAGUACUGGACUUUUAGAGCCGUGUUGCUACUGGACUUUAAAUAAUUCAAUUCAAUUUUAUUUAUAGUAUCAAAUCAUAACUAGAACUGCAAGCAGUUAUGAUGGGGUCCAAGCCUCCCGGCGCCAGUCGCCCCCGACGCAAGUCGCCCCUGACGACCCGGGGAACGUGCGAAAGCGGGACCCAAAGCGUAACAGUGGGGAGGCGAACAGUCAGUAGUGUCGACAGGCGUGAGCCGCAAGGUCUGCAGUACAUUGCCGUUGCAAAUAUCCCAUUAACAUUGAUUGAGUAAAAGGGCCAAAACUGGUCUAUGUUGACUAUAGCGCCCCCCUAAUGUGCAUUAUCCUAAUAAAAACAAAUAAAUCUAAAGUGGUCUAAAGGCGCUGACACACCAACCCGAUUAUCGGCCGUCGGACAGUCUGGCGAGGUCGGUGACUCGAGUCUGUUCGGUGUGUUCUGUGCCGUCGUCAGUCGGAGGAGCCGUGGGCGUUCAUUUUGGCCGAUUUGACUUGUUGAAUCGGCCAGUGGGUUCAAGGACCAAUCUGAUUGGUGGAGUGCUAGCCCUUGACUAGCUAAUCGGUGCACGAGAAAACCGGAGCUGACAACGCCAGUAUCUUCUUAUUACUAGCCAUCAUAUUUUCUGCCGUUCAGCGAGUAAUGACAACAACAAUCCUUCUUGACUACUAUCAACACUCUCUGAUGAAAACGAUGACUGACGACAGCGUGCUCUCUGUUUACUAGGUCUAGAGAGAUGUUUUGUCAUUUCCGGUGUUCAUUUUUAGGGCGACAAUUAUAGAUUAGCGCCGCCUGCUGUUAUGGAGACUUCGGUGUCGCUUCGGUGUGUUCCGAGGCACUUUUUGGACCGACGGGAGCCGACUGAUCAGUCCGACUGCCUUUUCUGCCGACGGUCGGCCAUCGGGUUGGUGUGUCAGAGUCUUAACGAGAAAACUAGAAUUCUGCCACCUCCUCUUGGCUCCGUUUU